UGAAUAAAGUAAACAUGUUGGGGGGAAAGGUUGAUAUCUGUAAGCUAAAGGUUUGUCGCAUAUCAGAUCUGUUCAUCUUUUAUAUGAAAUAAUCGCGCAGCAAACUUUGUUUCGAUCACAGACUUGUAGAAAGUUUGUGGAGAGUGCUCGUUAGAACAUUCCUCAGAGGAUUGCAAAAGGGGGGUUAACAGAGAUUAGACUCCUUAUGCUUUUUCACGUGAAAGGGCCUUUAUAAGGCGAUAUUUUGGAGGAGACAGUGGUUCGACACGCGGCGAGAAAAAGUCUGGGGUUUUGUGCUAAGGGUAAUUUGUGCAUCUAAACAUGGGAGCGUAUACAUUACCAGACGGAUUCACUGAUUUUGACAUGUUUACGUUCGGCUCUGCGCUUCUUGUUGGAGGCCUGCUGGGAUUCUUCCUCAACGCCAUCAGCAUCCUGGCCUUCCUCACAGUGAAAGAGAUGCGAACGCCCAAUAACUUCUUUGUGUUUAAUCUCGCUUUGGCCGACCUAAGCUUGAAUAUAAACGGGCUCACAGCUGCUUAUGCUAGCUAUCUCAGGUAUUGGCCCUUUGGUCAAGAUGGUUGUGCCUAUCAUGGUUUCCAGGGGAUGAUAUCAGUGCUGGCCUCCAUCAGUUUCAUGGCUGCAAUUGCUUGGGACAGAUAUCACCAGUACUGCACCAGACAGAAACUCUUCUGGAGCACGACUGUGACAAUGAGUGUUAUCAUCUGGGCUCUCUCCAUCUUCUGGGCUGCUGUUCCACUAAUGGGAUGGGGUGUCUAUGACUUCGAACCCAUGAGAACAUGCUGCACACUGGACUACACCAGAGGAGACAGGGACUUUAUCACCUACAUGCUAACACUGGUGCUGCUCUACUUGAUGUUCCCAGCUAUCACCAUGUUGUCAUGUUAUGAUUCCAUCUACAAACAUUUCAAGAAGAUCCAUAAUCACAAAUUUAACACCAGUUUGCCCUUGAGAGUAAUGCUGGCCUGCUGGGGCCCAUACGUCCUCAUGUGCAUCUAUGCCUGCUUUGAGAAUGUGAAAGUCAUCUCUCCAAAGCUUCGAAUGGUGCUUCCAGUUGUUGCAAAGACAAAUCCCUUCUUCAAUGCUCUUCUGUAUUCAUUUGGAAAUGAGUUCUACCGAGGCGGGGUUUGGCACUUCCUCACUGGACAGAAGAUAGCUGAGCCAGACGUUAAGAAGUCAAAAUGAGAUAAAGCUCACACUGUUCUGGUGACAAUCAAAGACCGUAAUCUUCUCUUGUGAUAGGUGGUAAAGUAGAUGUUGAGUCAUUUAGAUGGCCAUACAGUUAUUUUUAGGUUUGGGCAGUAGUUAAAACUCAGGACAGUCUUUCUGUUUGGAGCUGCCACACCUCCUGCUGGAUUGAUGCAAUUUUAAACAUUUUUCUUUAGCAAGUGUCUCUAGGUUGCACCUCUCUAUCCCCAUUUAACACUCACAAUAAAAAGAUGCUGCUGCUCG